GGGGAGAAGCCGUACGAGUGUGAGAAAUGCGGGAAGAGCUUUCGGCUCGCGUCCCUUCUCUUCAAGCAUUUUCGGAGCCACUGGGAGGAGCGGCCGUUCCUCUGCCCCCAGUGCGGGAAGGGAUUCAAGCGCAAGUGCACCCUCAGCAUCCACCUGCGCUUCCACGGCGAGGAGAGACCCCACGGCUGCGAGAAAUGCGGGAAGAGCUUUCACACCCGCACCACGCUCCGGCAGCACCUGCAGGUGCACAGCGGGGAGAGGCCCCACCGCUGCGCCCAGUGCGGGAAGGGAUUCGCUCGGAAAUGCUCCCUGGUGAAGCACCGGAGGAUCCACAGCGGGGAGAAACCCUACGAGUGUCCCCAGUGCGGGAAGGGAUUCGCGCAGAGCUCCAACAUGAGCCGGCACCGGCGGAGCCACGAGGGAGGGGAGAGCUGCGUCCCCCGUGGUGAUUCCCGGCAGCGGCCGGACCGGGACCGGACACCGGGAACACCCGGACCGGACACCGGGACCACCGGGAACACCCGGACCGGACACCGGGACCACCGGGACAACCCGGACCGGACACCGGGGCCACCCGGACCGGACACCGGGACCACCGGGACCGGACACCGGGACCACCGGGACCACCCGGACCGGACAGCGGGACCACCCGGACCGGACACCGGGACCACCCGGACCGGACACCGGGACCACCCGGACCGGACACCGGGACCACCCGGACCGGACACCGGGACCAGAGGAGGAAGAGGAGGAGCAGCCGCUCCACGCGGUUCCCCCGCCGGGGAGCGGGACGGGAGCGCUCGCCCCGAGCCCAGCGCGGGGGGUUCGGGAGCGGUUUCUUUUCGGGCCGGGGGAAGUUCGGGGCUCGCAGGAGCCAAAAGCCGAGCCGGGAGCGGCCCCGGGGGGAUCCCGGGGGGGAUCUCGGGGGGAUCUCCUGCCCCUUCCCUCCGGCACGGAGACAAAUCCCAUCCUCUGCUCGUCCCUCCUGCGCCGCUCAAGGAGGUGAAGACGGAGCCCGAGGAGGACAAACCCCCGCGGCAGAACCUUCUGGAAGAGCCCGCUGGGAGCGGCUCCACAGCCCAGGGAUGCGGCGGGGAGGAGGAGAAGGCUCGGAGGUCCCGGCCGAGGAGCGGCCGCGAUUCCCGGGGGUCCCGGGGGGAAGGAGGCAGCCCGGGCCGGGGACGGAGCUCGGAGAAGCCCCACAAGUGCUCGGAAUGCGGGAAGAGCUUCAGCAAGAGAUCCCUGCUGAGCUGCCACCGCAGAAUCCACACCGGGGAGAGACCCCACGAGUGCGGGGAGUGCGGGAAGAGCUUCAGGACGAGCUCAGGGCUGAGCGAGCACCGCAGGAUCCACACGGGGGAGAGACCCCACGAGUGCGAGAAAUGCUCCAAGAGGUUCCAAACCCGCUCCUCGCUCCUCCUGCACCAGAGGAUCCACACGGGGGAGAGACCCUUCCCCUGCCCCGAGUGCGGGAAGAGCUUCAAGCGGAAUUUCCACCUGACCGUGCACCGGCGGAUCCACAGCGGGGAGAGACCCUUCGGGUGCCAUCAGUGCCCCAAGAGCUUCCACACCAGCUCCUCGCUCCUCGUGCACCUCCGCACCCACACGGACGAGAGGCCCUUCCGCUGCUCCCAGUGCCACUGGGGCUUCAACCAGAAAUCCGCCCUGGUCACUCACCUGAGGAUCCACAGCGGGGAGAAACCCUUCGCGUGUCCCCAGUGCGGGAAGAGGUUCAGGACGAGCUAUGAGGUGACCACGCACCGGAAA